AUGAAACUUGACAAGGUGAUUCAUAUGGUUCGCAAAGGGCCAACGAGGACUAUUAUCAAGCUAGUCCGCUACAAAGAUGAAAAUUUUGUCAAUACAUAUUCUUGUUUCUUCGCAAGGUCGGUCAUUAACGGAAAAUCUUUAUCAUUUAAAGAAGCAAGAGGAGUCAUGCAAAACCUGGUCCUAUUUGUUCACAAAUACAGUGGUUCAAUGGAUAUUGAAGCUACAAUUGUAAUAUCAUCUAGUUAUUUCCUCUCCACAGUUACCAUGAUUUGUUGUCAACACCUUACUCAAGGUUUGCCAGAGCCAUCUAUUGAUCUCAAAUAUGGUGGAUUCAUAAUAUUUUUGGUUGGUAUUAUUGGAAACUUUUAUCAUCAUAUUUUGCUCUCCAAUUUGAGGACAAAGGGUGAAAAAGACUACAAAAUUCCUCAAGGUGGCCUAUUUGAUUUUGCAAUAUGCCCACAUUAUCUCUUUGGGAUUCUUAUAUUUGUAGGAAUUUCUUGCACUUCUCAAACAUUAUAUGCAAUUUCAUUCACUUUGGGAACUACUCUUUACUUGAUGGGAAGGAGCAUUGCUACAGGAAGAUGGUACAAGUUAAAGUUUGAUGAUUUUCCAAAUGAUAUCAAGGCACUCAUUCCUUACAUAUUUUAGGCUCCUUGCAAGGACCUUCAAUUUUUGUUUAUGCGCCCAAAAGUAUAACAUGGCCAUGAGUUCUUUUUAUGUAGAUCUUUGAAAAUAUGGUGAAUCUAAUUAAUAAAUGGCGAACGAUUUUGUAAGCGA